GCAGUACCAGCCGCAGCUGGCUGGAACAAGCGGACGGCGACGGCGGCGGCUGUGAAGACGUAGGUAUACAUCAACACUCACACUCUGGCUUCUGGAUCACGCCCACUCCCACACCACCUCCCUCUCUCUCCACCCACACACCACACAAUGGCCACUGCAGACCCAAUCCCCAUCCCCGACGAGCUGCUCACGCACCCCGCGAUCAAAGAGCACCCCGCCAUCCUGCAGCUGCACGCCGCGCACGGCGGCAUCCCCGCCGACGCGAGCGACGAGCAGAAGGAGGCCGCGCUCAACUUUGCCCACGCAGUCGCGCAGCACGCCGUCGUGGGCGACGCCACGCUGCGCCGUACGGACCCGUCCCCGCGCCGCACGGCGCGCGUGUGGCGCUCCCAGAUCCUCGGGCACCGCGACAGCAGCGUCAGCCCGAGCCAGUCGCCCGUGCGAUACCGCUCGCGCUCGCGCCCGCCCGCCGUCGGCACAGUCAAGGAGGAGCCUGGCGCCUCGUCGUCCUCGCGCGGGCCUGGGCGCCGCGACGUCCAGGUCGGUAACGACGACGACGAGGGCCUCGCGGGCCUCGAGAACCGCCUCAACGCCGCCGUACAGCAGCAGCACGGCUGGCACGACGACCUCCUCAAGCGCUACCAGCGGCUUGAGAAGAAGGUCGGCGCCGGCAUCGAGCGCCAGAACGCAAUGAACACGAACAGGACCAACUACUACCUCAGCCGUCCGCUCGUGCCCGUCAAGAAUGCAAAGGGCGAGAACGUGCCCAUGGAGCUGCCGGCCCUCACAUCGCUCCGCGCCAUCGAGCAGCUCAACAACGCCCACGUCUCGUCGUGGAUCCAGUACUACACCGGCUCGUCGGUCGACGUCAAGCCCCACGCCCCGGUCCCUGCGAAUGUGCGCCUCGCGCUGCGUACCUGCAUCGGGAUCGACACUGUGCUUGUGCAGUAGGGCGGGCGUGGUGUGUGCGGCGGAAACACGACGCGACGAAUGGUAGCGAACCGAAACAAACUUGUAGCCUGAAGCAAUGUCACCUUGUUACUCACG